AUGUCUGGAAGGGCCCAGACAAACACAACCACCAUACCCCCAGACGAUGAAGAGAUCCUGCAGCAGCUAAUGGCAGACGACACUACCUUGUUGGUGGUUGGGCCUCUUAUUCUCCUAGUUAUAGGAAUCCCAGGUAACAUAUUGACCAUGAAGGUCUUGUCACGGCAGUUGAACAAAGACAAAACUUUCCGCAUCUACCUCAACAGUAUGUGCAGCUUCAACAUCAUCUCUCUCGUCAUCUUCUUCGCCAGGAACAUCACCCAUGCCGUGACUGGCUCAGAGUUGAUCAUCUACAGUAUCACAUUAUGUGUAUUUGUUAGGUGGAUGACUUACACGCUAACCACCAUUACUAACUGGCACCUAGUCGUCAUUACAGGAUUCCGAUAUUUCUUCUUGAUACCCAGAACGAGAAAACUAACAGCCUCGUUGAACCCUGUUAUCAUCAUAGUCAUCUUCAGCUGUUUCUUCUGUGUUCUUCUCAUCAUCAUUCUCUCAGGAGGCUUACAGUUCAUUGAUGACGAUGGUGAUGAGGUCGAGUGCCGUAUGAAUACAGUCUCUAGGUGGUUUCACUUCCUGGUUAUAGUGUUCGCCUUCCUCCCCGCCCCUGCUCCUGCUCUUCUUUAACUUCGGCAUUUACUGGAUGCAUGCCAAGGCCGGCUCAGGGUUGAUGGACACUGAGGUCACCACAAGAGUUCGUAGCCAGCUGAUGUUUCUGACUGUACUCUCCAGCGUCCAGUUCAUGCUGACCGUGUUUCCUGUAGCCAUCUACCAGCUGACGAUGCAGUACGUGUAUGACUACAAAAGUGCUAUACAGAGAGCUCAAGCAAGCUUUG